AUGGAUAUCGCCGGACCAUUACCACCUUGCAAGGGUUAUCGAUACUGUUUGACAAUAGUCGAUCGUUAUUCCCGAUGGUUAGAGGCACUACCGCUCGAAGACAUGACGACAGAGACCAUUGCUUUCAAUUUCUACACGCACUGGAUCGCUAGAUUUGGAGUACCGAGUAGAGUUACAACGGAUCAAGGUUAUCGUUCCUCAUGGAGAGAUGAUUUAAGAGCGACACCCGAAGAGAUGGUUUAUGGAAAUACAUUUCGAUUACCUGGCCAGUUCUUUGCCGAAAAACAUACGCACAAUACCAACGAUGGUGAAUUCGUCGAAAAUUUACGCAUACGCAUGCAGUCACUAAAGCCGUCACCGACUACAAACAACUCAGCGCAGGUACCGUUCGUAGAAAAGAACUUACACUCAACACCAUCAAUCUUCGUGCGCAACGACUCAGUUCAUCCACCUCUUCAACCACCAUACGAAGGACCAUUUCCCGUAAUCGAAUGCGGCGACAAGUUCUUCAAAGUCAAAAUCCGAGGAAAGGACGUAAACAUUUCCAUCGACCGGUUAAAAGCAGCUUUAGUCGCUGAGGAUUACCAAACCCCGUCGAAUCAAACAAUUCAACACAAAGUGUAUCAAAUAAAAUCUGGUCGUUGGUAA